AUGUCGUCAGCAUGCCUAGGAGCUGACGAUGACUUUCUGAUGAGAUGUUCGAAACAUAUGGGGGACUUUGUUCUAGUCCAGGGCUGGUGCUGCUUGAGUCGGGAGGGAUUUCCUUCCUUACUUGAUGCUGAUUUGGAGGAUUUGAAGGCUGGACUCGAAAGCAACUUCUUCACGAGUGUGGACCUUGUCAAUGCAUACACGGCACGCGUCUCCGAAGUGGACGACACUCUCCACGCCGUGGCGGAAAUCAACCCCGAUGCCCUCUCCAUUGCCUCCCAUCUCGAUUCUCUCCGCAAGAAUGGAACAAUCUUAGGUCCCCUCCACGGAAUCCCAAUCCUCAUCAAGAAUAACAUCGCCACGGACGAUGCAAUGGACAAUACCGCCGGCUCCUUUGCUCUCGUGGGAUCCAAAGUCCCCCAUGACUCCACCAUGGCAGCCAAACUUCGCAAAGCAGGAGCCAUUAUCCUGGGAAAGACCAAUCUCAGUCAAUGGGCGAAUUGGCGCUCUGAUAACACCAGUAACGGUUGGAGCGCUACUUCGGGACAAACCUAUGGCGCUUACACUCCCCAGCAAGAUCCUUCAGGAAGUUCUUCCGGCAGCGGUGUAGCAACAUCCCUAGGUCUAGCACYCGCAUCGCUGGGGACAGAAACGAGUGGAAGCAUUCUCAGUCCAGCAGAUGUCAACAAUAUCGUAGGACUCAAACCCACCGUCGGCCUAACAAGUCGCCAUCUCGUGAUCCCCAUCUCCGAACAUCAAGACACCAUCGGUCCCAUGACAAGAAGUGUCAAAGACGCAGCAUACCUCCUCCAAGCCAUUGCCGGGAGAGAUCCCCACGACAACUACACCCUCGCCAUCCCCAACGCCGGAAAAAUCCCAGACUACGUCUCCGCCUGUAAAAGUGACUCCCUCCAAGGCGCAAGAAUCGGCAUCCCCUACAACUAUCUCCACCUCGCAAACCUCGACGCCCCCGUAAUGGAAGCCUUCAACGCCGCAGUCGAACAAAUCCGUCUCGCAGGAGCAACCAUCAUCUCAGCAAACUUCACAGACGCCGCAGGAACAACAAACCAAUCCACAAACUUCAACCCCACAACAGUAUGGAACGCAGAUUUCCUCAUCGGACUCGCCAACUAUUUCUCCCAAUUAACCCACAACCCACAUUCCCUACACACCCUCUCCGACCUCCUCAAUUUCACCCAAAAUUUCCCCCAAGAAGCCUUUCCUGCCCGAGAUACAGGGAUCUGGGACACGGCUCUCUCACAAGGAUGGAAUAAUACAGAUCCCCGCUUCUGGCCCGCCUAUCAACGUAAUCUCCAAUUCGCUGGCCCGGGGGGAGUCUUAGGCGCUUUAUCCCGAACAAACACGACCGCCUUACUCCUCCCCACGCAAAUCUCCUCGGGCAUUCCUGCGUUGGUGGGAAGUCCUGUGUUGAGUGUUCCUUUGGGGAAGUAUCCUGAAGGUUGGGAGGUGAGGAGGAAUGGAUAUGGGGAUUUGGUUGCGAAGGCGGGGAAUGUUCCUUUUGGGAUUAGUUUUUUGGGGGGGUUGUGGGGUGAGGAGGCGAUUUUGGGGUUGGGGUACGCUUUUGAGGAGAGGUGGAGGGGGAGGGGGAGGGUGAGGGCUUGGAUUGUGCCGGGGACGGAGGUUUGGGAUGUUUAG